UGCGAUCGCAGACAUUGUGCAAAACGGUUCGCAUAGGCUCCGAGCUGAACGCUGGAAUUGGAAUUGGAAUUGAAAUUGAAAUUGAUAUUGGAAUUGAAAUUGGAAGUGCGCGAGUAGCUGCGCUGGAACUGUGUCAGGCCAAUUUGUAAGCGUUGAAAAGGGCGUUACCCCCACCCCAUGAAUAGUGGCCAUCAAUCAUUUCAACCAAUUACAACGCAGCACAACUCGUGGCAGCCUUGAGCUUUAUCAAUUUGUUUUCUUACGGGAGGCUCGACAUUUGUGCUCUCUUCCCCCUCCAAUUUAUAUAGCCAUGGAUAGCGUCAAGUCGUUUUUCGCCAACCCAAACAAAGAGAAUAAUCUGGCCAAUCAGCAAAAUGGCGUUACGCGUCGUUGGGCCACCUGGAACGGCAACAUGCAGGCACACUCGGAUCCGGGUUCGGUGAAUGCGGCCAGGAGAGACCCGAACCGCGGCGAUGCCAAGCGCAAGGAUAGCGAUAAUUACUUCUAUAUCAUGUGGCGAGCCUAAAGGAAUCCCAACAGCAAAGGAGCCAUAAGGAUUAGGAUUUAGUCUAAAGUGACCUACAUCUAAUUAAAGAGAC